UACCAUGCAUGGACGGCGAGGAUUCCAACGUGGACGAAUCGGGGCCAUCAAAUACAAAACAUGUUCGAUCUUUAACCAUAGGUUUUGAAACUCCAUUAGUCCGCCCCUUUAUGUUUGAAUAUCUCUCCGGACCGUUUCAUUUUCUCUCUCGCUUUGCUUUCUUCUUAUCUCCUCUUCUUUUAUAAUCUUCGCGGUGCAUUUGCAGAUCUCUAUCUUAAAUUUCUUUCCCUAUCUUCUUGGAUCUGCAAAUGCGCAUCGUUUCUAAUUCCUCUUUCCUUCGGGUCUCCAUUUCUCGGUUUUCGAAGCUCAGUUCGUUUGUUCUGCGGAUUCGUGGGGAGGAACUUUCUAGUUAGGUUGAUUUAUAAUGAUCUGGAGAGCAUAUUGCGGAGAGAAGUGUUGUCGAGUUGGAAUUGGGGUAUGCGGCUUUAUUCAUCUGCAAAGGAACUAUGGAAGGUGACAGAACAGUAUCGACUCCUUCGGUUGGGCUCAGCAUCAGCGAUGGUGCUCAAAGAAUGCGAGCUCUUCAUGGAAGGACUAGUGGUCCUACAAGACGUUCCACGAAAGGGCAAUGGACAGCUGAAGAGGAUGAGAUUCUGUGCAAAGCUGUUCAACGUUUCAAAGGAAAAAAUUGGAAAAAGAUAGCGGAGUGUUUCAAGGAUCGGACUGAUGUACAGUGCCUACAUAGGUGGCAAAAGGUCUUGAAUCCUGAACUUGUUAAAGGGCCAUGGUCCAAAGAGGAGGAUGAACUAAUAAUUGAGUUGGUGAACGAAUUUGGGCCGAAAAAGUGGUCAACCAUUGCUCAGCACUUACCUGGACGCAUUGGGAAGCAAUGCAGAGAAAGGUGGCAUAAUCAUCUCAAUCCUGCCAUAAACAAAGAGGCAUGGACUCAGGAAGAAGAGUUGGCUCUGAUUCGUGCUCAUCAGAUUUUUGGAAACAAAUGGGCAGAGCUCACAAAGUUCUUGCCAGGAAGGACAGACAAUGCAAUAAAGAAUCACUGGAAUAGUUCAGUCAAAAAGAAAUUGGACUCUUACAUAGCAUCAGGCCUCCUAGAACAAUUUCAAUUCCCACUUCUAAAAAAUCUAAGCCAGCCUGUGCCUUCAUCUUCUUCGAGGAUGCAGAGCAAUGUUGAUGAUAGUGGUGCCAAAUGUAGGACAGAAGUAGAGGACUUGUCAGAAUGCAGCCAAGAGUCAACUAUGGUUGGCUGCUCUCAAUCUGGUGGUGAUUUGACUAAUGCUGCUGUACAUACAAGAGACCAAUUCCACUUGGCUGAAAUGCCUGGUGUGGCAAAAGAGAAGAAUUCAAGUCCAGCGCCUUGUUCAGAAGAGUAUUAUCCAUCUUUCGAAGACCUCAGCUUCUCCAUUCCAGAAAUACCUUGUGAAGCAGGGUAUUCUGCAAGUGGGGAUUACCAGUUUGGUUUAACGGAUCUACCUAAUAUUUCUUCUCUGGAAUUGGGGCAAGAAUCAUCAGGGUUGCCAACUUACUGUCUAGACACUAGCGAAAGCCAUGAAGUGAUGAAUGCUGCAUUUCAAACUUCUGUAGGAUUAAAUGCUCCUACAUCUUUUGUAAAUAUGGUUAUAACUUCUGACAAACCAGAGCAUAUGUUGAUCACUGAUGAUGAAUGUUGCAGGGUCCUAUUCUCAGAGGCAGUGAAUGAUGGAUGCUUUGCCUCUGAAAAUUUCACACAAGGAUCUAAUGUGAUUGAAUUGGUUGGCUGCAAAAAUAUGUCACUUUCUCAGGCUUCAGACAUCCAAAUAUCUGAAACUGGAAAAACUGCAGCCUCACAAUCUAAUUGUCCUCCAAGGUCUGAAGCAUUGCCAACCUCUUGCUGUCAAUCUUUUCUGUCUCCUUCACUUCUUUCAAUUGAGGAUGGUAAACAUAUGUAUGGCAGAGAGCCCAGUCAGUUAACUGGUAAACCUAUUGAAACUCAGGAGCAAGAAUUUACUAAGAAUGCACACGAUGGCUUUAUCUACACUAAUGAUGACCAUACAGAUAAUAAAGACCUGCAAGAGGAAUCUUACCUUGAAAAGGAUUCUGUGAAAUUGGUUCCAGUGAAUAAUUUUGGUUUGGAAUCAAAUGCAGUGCAAACUUGUCCUACUGUGGAUGAUAAGCCAAACUUGCCUUCAGUACAAGAUGUUGGAGGUCUAUGUUAUGGGCCUCCUCGAUUUCCUAGCUUGGAUAUGCCAUUUUUCAGCUGCGAUCUUAUACCGUUUGGCAGUGAUAUGCAGCAAGAAUAUAGUCCUCUUGGUAUUCGCCAGCUGAUGAUGUCUUCUAUGAACUGCAUAACUCCAUUUAGGUUGUGGGAUUCACCAUCACGAGAUGAUAGUCCUGAUGCUGUACUGAAAAGUGCUGCCAAAACUUUUACUGGUACACCAUCCAUUUUGAAGAAACGCCACCGUGACCUAUUGUCACCUUUAUCAGAAAGAAGAAGUGACAAAAAGCUGGAAACUGACAUGACAUCCAGUUUGACCGAAGAUUUCUCUCGCUUGGAUGUUAUGUUCAAUGAGACUGGGACUGGCAACAUAUCUCAGGUGUCUCCAGCUGAACAUAAAACCAACUCUGGUGUCUCUGUUGAAGAAAAAGAAAAUCUGUAUCAAGCAUUUGAUCGGGAACAAGAAAAUGGGGGAGAUCACACUGAAUCAUUAGAUGAUGAAGCUCAGAAGAAAGAUUCUAAUGGAACUAAUUCCCAAAGAAACAUGAAAAUGGAAACCUGCAAUAGUGAUUCCAAGGACAAAGCUGAGGCUGAUGCUUCUGACAAAAUUGUCCAACAGCAUUCAACGGUGCUUGUUGAGCGUAAUUUAAAUGAUCUACUAUUGUUUUCUCCCGAUCAUGUUGGUCUUAUAGCAGACAGACCAUUAUUGUCUUCAACCAUAGGAACUCCAAUAAAUCAGUAUCAUAAAAGCUUUGGAGCUAUAUCAAAUCGGGGUUUUGCUUCUGAAUGCUUAUCAGGAAAUGCAUGCAUAGUUGUUAGCUCUCCUACUCUGAAAAUAAAGAACGGUGAAGGGCACUCAAUUGCUGUUUCUACAGUACAAUGUACCAAUUCAUCAGCAACCCUAGAGAAUUUGGUUGAUAAUGCUGGGACUAAUGCUGGUAUUGAAAAUUAUAACAUAUUUGGGGGAACUCCUUUCAGGAGAAGUAUUGAAUCCCCGUCAGCAUGGAAGUCUCCUUGGUUUAUCAACUCUUUUGUUCCAGGCCCAAGGAAUGACACAGAAAUAACAAUUGAGGACAUCGGAUAUCUUAUGAGCCCUGCGGAUAGAAGCUAUGAUGCCAUCGGGUUGAUGAAGCAAUUAAAUGAGCAUACUGCGGCUGCUUAUGCUGAUGCAUUGGAGGUUUUGGGAGAUGAAACACCGGAAUCAAUUGUAAAGGGAAGACGCUCCAACAAUCCUAAAAUGGAGAAAGAGAAUAAUCAAUUGGAGGUCCAAUCGCAUUUGGCUUCAAAUAUCUUGGCAGAGCGCCGCAUCCUUGAUUUUAGUGAAUGUGGAACACCUGGAAAGGGAACUGAAAAUAGCAAGUCCUCAACUGCCAUAAGCAUCUCAAGCCCCUCUUCCUAUCUUUUGAAAGUGGUGGAAUUCUGCGUCCUGGUCUGGUCCUGUUGUUAAAUCAUGAUCCUUCUCCAAGAAUACUUCGAAACUGCGGGCAUCAACGAGAAUAUAGUUUAUCCUUGCAUUUUAAGUUAUACUUUCAUAAAUGGUUUUACAUAACAAGGAGUAUUUGGUUUUUAAUAGAGUUAAUUGACUUAAAUUGAUUUAAU